UACAAUCACAACAACAUCUGGAAUGUACUCUUCGGAACCAUCAUCUACUGGUGUGCCGUCUAUUGUGUUAUGCAGACACAAGUGCAGCGAUACUGUAGUAUGGAAUCACCGCAAAAAGCACGAAGAACCCUAUACUACAAUCUUCCGGGUCUUGUGAUAUUGGCUGUGAUGGCAGUGAUGUGUGGAAACGUUUUAUACGCCAAAUACCGCAACUGUGAUCCGGUCACUCUUCGGCUCAUUGACAGACACGACCAGUUGAUGCCAUACUAUGUUAUGGACACUUUGGCCAAAUACCCGGGUCUGCCCGGACUAUUUGUUGCCUGUGUUUUCAGCGGUUCGCUCAGCACUUUGUCUUCAGGUCUGAACGCAUUGGCAGCGGUCACGUGGGAAGACAUCAUUAAGGAUAGGAUUACAGUGAAGAACGAGAAACAGGCCCUCACUAUCACUAAAUUGAUAGCCAUGGGAUACGGUUUACUGUCCAUUGCCAUGUCGUUUGGUGUGGGAAAUCUGGGCACAGUAUUGCAGGCCUGUAUGGUUUUGGUCGGUUCAAUGGUUGGGCCGCUAUUCGCUAUGUUUCUCAUCGGAAUAUUCUUUCGAUACUCGACAGCACCGGCCACUUUGAUUGGAUUUAUUUUGGGAGUGUUGGCCAGUCUAUCGCUAUCUAUUGGUUCGUUGGUUAUCCCUCGCCCUCAGGUCUCGUUACCGACAACACUGUCUGAGUGUCCACAGGAUGUGAUCGCCUUUACUCUCGAUAAAUACCAAUCACUUCCAAACUCUUCAUACAUACAUUCCUACGAUAAUCCAGAUCUAUGUGUCGAUUCGCUCUUACGUUGGGAUCCAUUGGUUGACACCUCUGAAGAGAAUCUCAAA